UAUAUGUAGAAGAGAUAGGAGAGAGGGGACGAACAGAGAUGGGAUGAGCUAAAAGGAGAGGAAGAGAGGAAGAAAGAGGGGAGCGACGAAGCGCGUAAGCGACUAGCGCGCGCUGCGGUGUGUAUCGGUCGGUCGGUCGUCGCCGCCAUGCUAGUGGUUAGUUUAGUGAACCAAACAUCAUGAUGUGGCAAAACGUUCGCACGAGCUAAGGCCCGUAGUAGCCACGCCGCGUUAACCGGCACCACCGUCGUUAUGUUAUCCACACUCACGACGUUCGAUAAACACGAUAACGCGAAAAGUACAAAAAAUAUAUAUACACACAAGACACACGACGUAUAUAGAGAGGGAAAGAGAGGGUACGUAUUGUAGUAAAGAGAAAAAAAUAAAACGCGAAGAGAGAGAGAGAGAGAGAGAGAGAGAGAACGUACGAUUCAGCGAAAAGACAUCGCGCGACGAAAUACAACGACGGCAGCGGCGGCGACGAGGACGACGACGGCAACGACACGACGACAACGAUAACGACAGUGACAACGACAACGGUAUUAGUGGUGGUAGUGCUCGUGGAAGUAGUAGUAGUGGUUGUUCGGUGCGAGAGGAACCGCGCGCGGUACGACGUAAGUCAGGCCCGAUGUAAGUCAAAGCCGCCGCCGAAUCGCACGGUCGGAAACGUACGUCACGCAGUGAACAUCGUCGCGGCACGCGUCGCAAGUGCCGAGUGCCAACGGUCAGCCUCCAUAGCGCGGCAAGGAGACGAUCGCGAAACGUAUACACGGAGCACGAGAAAUUGACGCUACGUUCAUAAUUUUUACCGUGGCGUGAUGUUACUUAAACAGAUGCUGGAUCCGAGCGUGCUAACGGACCUGGAGGAGCUGACGCUUUGCGGUUGCUGCAAGCAGAAGUACAAUGACGCGGAGCAAUGUCCCAAGUAUCUCAGCUGUAAGCACUACUUCUGUCUGCGGUGCAUCGAGAGCAAUCUACUGAAGGGGCGAGAUCUGUUUUGCGCCCACUGUUGGAAGAAGACAGAUUUGGGCGAGCAAGGUCCGGACGCUCUACCGACUCACUCUCCUCUGCUUGCUCUGGCCAAUAAUCUGUCACGCCUCAAAAUCACGACGAACAAUACGUCCGGCAAACCCGGUGACAAAGAGAGGAAGAGCGAGAAUUGUCAUACACACGGGAUGCCGCUGGCAUUAUGGUGUGCGACAUGUUGCACGGCGCUUUGUAGAGCUUGCGCGACUCCGCAAGAGCACCCGGGUCAUCAGAUUAAAUCGCAAACCGAUGCCAAAGAACAGCUCAUUACCGACGUUCAAUUGGAGUUAGUCGCUGUGGGCAAAUUGUCGACCGAGAUUCAAAGACUGGCUGUGCAGCAACGCGAGUUUCUGAUAAAAGUAUUGGAGGCAUGCGUGACGUUAAAGACACACGUGGAGACGGAUCUCCAGAACGGUUGGAGCCACUUUCCCGAGAUAACGGAUGCGCGCGAAACCCUGGGCAAGACGAAGGCUGGCUUGCAGAUGAGCGAAACUCCGGGCGAUGUGUAUAGUCUGCACUCGCAGCUUGUUUUAGAGAAACAGCGAUUGCAAUCCAAGUAUCAGGAAAUGAUGCUUCAGUGCCAGCUGGACGAUCUCAUCGGUAAUUCUGGCGUGAUUUUCGACUUUGCUCUGCUGAAGCAAGCACUGGCAGGCAUUCAUACGGGGGAUCCGAUCGUUCCCCAAGGAGUGGGAAAUGGCGGUCGCUUGGCGAAUCACUUGGCGGCCUCGCAGAACCCGAUAUUAUUCCUUGCAAAUUAUUGCAUGUCGCAAUUGUACACGCGCCACGUCGUCAGCAAGCAACAACAUAUGCAGAACGGUUCGAUGGAAUAUCAUCAUUCGAAUAUGAUGCCGCCGCCGCAACAGGCGCCGCCUGGAUCCGUUCAUGUUCAUCAGGGUCCUCCACCACCGCCACCGGGACCGAACCAGACUCCGCAGCAGCUUCUCAUUCCACCCGGUUCACCGUCCAUCAAACCUGUACCGCCCGCACCGCCCAACGCCAUGUUGCACCCACAACAGCAGUCGACGUUCAUGUCCGAUGCGGUCGGUACCGGUGGCGCCGGUGGUGGCAGUCUAGUGACCGUCCACUCGUCUCCCCAACCGCCGUCCAACGCGAUAACGGCGACAUUGACGCGGGGCCCAGCGAAUCCAUAUCCUCUGUACUAUUUCAACAUUGAGGUAAAUGGCUCACCGCAGGGACGUAUUGUAAUUGAGGUGCGACCGGACGCGGCGCCGAAGAUGGCGAAAAACUUCAGCGUGCUGUCGACGGGAGAAGCCGGAGUCGGUUACAAGGGUUGCACGAUAUUCCAGUGCUGGGAGGGCGAGUCCGUGAUCACAGGCGAUUUUGAGCUUAAUAACGGCCGCGGCGGACGAAGCAUAUACGAAGAUGGCUAUUUCAUGCCGGACGACACCAAGUUCCCGGCGGUUAGGGGCGCGGUGGGAAUGAGACGAACGCAGAAGCGACACGACAACCUCGGCAUGGUCGGCUCACAGUUUCGCAUAAUACUGCAGGAGAUGCGUGGCUUCACCGGCAUUUUUGGCCACGUAAUCGAGGGAUUGGAUUUGGUGGAGAAGAUAUCUACGUACGGCGAUCAGACCGGCAAGCCUACCAAGAAUAUUCUAAUCACGAAGUGCGGUAAAUUGUAACGUUUAUGCUGUCGCUAUCGCGCGGUUUGUUGUAGCGUGGGGUAGACUCUCUGAGAGAGAGAGAGCAGUAUAUCCCGUAUAUAUAUAUACAUAUUAUAUAACGCCGUAUACACGUUUUCCCGCUAUAGAUAACCGAAAGAAGAUUGCGACGAUUUUCCCGACUCGCGCGUUCGGCGAGAGAAAAACAUACGUAAAAAGAAAUACAAAAAGAAACGCGUUACACGUAAUUGCCCAACGAUGGGAGACAAUUAUUAUUAUAAUUAUUAUAUCCGCCGCGUAUAUCCACUCGGGGACACCGUCGCGAUAUGUUUAUCCACGAAUCCUCGAACGCUCCGUACGAGUCACGCAACUUAAUUAACUAUUAACAAUAGUGUCUAAAGAUGUCGAGUCUAUUUUUAAAUCGUGAGCGCGUGCGAAAAGAAAAAGAAAUAAAAAAAAUCAAUAUUUUGCUAUUGACCGGGAAUCGAUGAGAUUCUGCUAACAAUAAUAAUGACGAUGAUCGAGAUACACACACAUACACAUACGUACCUCAGAGAUCGACCGUGAUAUCGAUACGACUUCUCUAGCUGAUACGACGUAUUUGUUUUUAGGAAGAGAGAGGUCCAACGUUUAUUUUGGCUAUUAUCGGCGUUAAUUCUGCUAAACUACGUUAUAGUUCUUAGAGCGCGUAUCGCGCGUCGGGCGUGAUAUAAUGGCGAAGAUAUCGUGCGAUUCACGGUAGACAGUUCCCCGCUCGGCUUCGCGUGCGCAGCUAAUGUUUUAGGUCAUAGAUAGAUGAAUAAAAGGAAAACAAACGUGUAGACCGGGGAAUUUAAGUAUAGCAAACUAUAUCGGGAACUAACCGAAUCGUAUAUCGCGUUUAUGCGAUAUAUACUUUUGAAAAAGAGGCGAUGAUGAAACCUGCGGGCGAACGGAUAUUUGAUCCGUUCCAAUCUUUCGAUUUUUUUGUGGGCGAGCAAUCGCGUGGGCAUCUUUGCGACUUGAUAUUAAAAGUCGCGACUCGUGCGAUUCUAUAUAAAACACGGUUUGUUGUUUAGAAUCUUAGAUUCCGAAAAGAAGAAGAAAAAGAUAUUGGUAUAGUUAAUCUCGUAGGAGGGCAAUUUGCGGUUUGUCGAACACGAUGUUCGCGUACUGUUCCGUUCCAGGGGCGCGAGAAUAAGAGCUAAAAGGGAAAAGAAAAAAAAAAGAGAUAUUCAUCGCGCGCGCGUCUUGCGAAGAAGUCUUGUGAUUCGUUUUGUGAUUCUGCUGCACGAAUAUUGGCGGCAAACUUGUUCCCUUUUCGUUCUUUCUAAACUAGCGAACCGUCGUGAAUUAUAUAUAUAUCUGUAUUUAAGAUUAGAUCUCAAUACGUCGCAAAUGUAUGCAAGGCCUAACUACUACUAUGUAGAUCGUAAGCCUCGUGUCGUCUAAUCGGAAAACGAACGAAGGAAAAAAAAAAAUAUAUAUAUAUAUACAUAUAUACAUAUAUGUACAUAUAUAUAUAUAUACACUAAACAAAUCAUUCCUAUAUAUCGUACUACGAUAAUGUAAUUGCGUUAUAUACUCGUCUGAAUUCUCGUAAUGAAGUCCCAUUAUGUAUCGUUAUAUAUACACUGUCACACGCGCGCGAGUGCGAGAGCGAACGCGUCUUUCUUUCUUUCUUUCUUUCUUUCUCUCUCUCUCUCUUCUCUCUCUCUCUCUCUCUCUCUCUCUCCUGCGACACGUGCGUCCGUAUUUCUACGCGCGUACAAGGCAAGGCACACUCACGCGUUACCGUAAUAGUAAAAAUUGCACGCCCUCGCGUCGUCGCGGAUAUGCCUUCUCGAAGAAAAGCCUCAUUCGAUGUUGAACUUGAAAGUUUUAACACUUGUUGAUUAGCUAAUAAAAAGAAACGCGUCUCUCGCGAUCGACAUUGCGAUUAUUGACGCAACGUGAAACGCAUCGUGUUGUGUCGUCUUUAGGAAUAAAUAUAACUCGCUCCUGUACAUGUACAAUAUUAUUAUAUACACGACGACCGUAAGCGGGGGUGGCUGUGUGUGUUCGAACGGAUGGAUGAAUGAACGAAUUCGCUUCUGAGCGAAGAAGACUCCGACAAAUUGUAACUCUUAGUACGUAAUCGUAGAGACGCAAUCAUGAGAAGAAAAAAAGGACAUUGUACCGAAGCAAGUGACGAUACAGGCUCACCUGUAUACAAACAUAAACACACGUACACGGAUACCUCUAUGCGCGCGCGCGUAUAUACAUAUACAUACAUAUAUAUAUACAUGUGUAUAUAUAUAUACAUAUAUACAUAUAUAUAUAUAUAUAUACAUACAUAUAUAUAUACAUGUGUAUAUAUAUAUAUAUAUAUACAUAUAUAUAUAUAUAUACAUGUAUAAACAUAUAUAUAUAUACACACACACACAUACAUAUAUACAUAUAUAUAUAUAUAUAUAUAUAUAUAUAUAUAUAUAUAUUACACACACAUAUACAUACAAAUAUAUAAUACUACAUAUAUUUUUAUGAACGUGAUGAGGUAACAACGCAUAGCUUGUAAUAUCGAUUCUAACGACCGACCGAUUUAUCUUGUCCCUCGCGUGCGAUUAAACGAUUGAACGGCUGUAAACACUUGAACAAGUUCUUUCCUCUCGCCUUUCUACUUCGCUGUUUUGUUUUCUUUUUUAUGUCUCCUUUUUCUUAUUUUUGUUCUAUCUCUCUUUCUCUCUCUCUCUCUCUCUCUCUCUCUUACCCUCCUUUCGAGAUAUAAUGAUCAUUGAGAAUGCAAAGAUCGUGACUAUUUUUUUCAGGUUCGCGGUAAUUACACCGUAGAGCCGUCGUUUAAACGAAUUUUAUUAUUUCAUUAUACAUGUACGAAAUGAAUGUUUAUCGCCCCAACUUAAAUGUAUUUUUAAUCGAUCGAUUUUGAGUUAUAAACUGUUCUCAUUUCA